UGGGGUAAAUAAAAUUUUCCAUUAAAAAUUCGGCAGAGAGAAUAUGAGAGGAGAGAAGAGAAGAGAGACGAAAGAAGCCCAGAAAAAAGCGCGGGUCAGUCCGAUAAACCUUGGGAAGCUCUCGUUUCUCCUGACCUUUCGGAUGUUGUGGCGAUGUCAUCAAUGGAAAUGGCAAUGCCAAUGCCAAUUCCAAUGUCAAUGCCAUGGCUUAACUGUGCAACUGCAAAACCCCUUUUCUUCCAUUUUUCUAAAUUUAGUCUCUUUUCUCUCUUCCAAUUCCAAACCCAAACUCACCACCAACGGAUUUUUGCAAAACUCUUCAUGACAUGGGUUAUGGUUGAAUCUUCUUCUUCUUCCACUCCAUCGUAACAUAUCCCCUUUACUCUUCUGGGUUCUUCCCUCUUUUCUCUCAUCUUCCGAAGAGAAGAGAAAAGAAGAUGGAGCAUCACCUUCUUUUUGGGCUGUGGGUUCUUCUCUCUGGAGUUUUCGUCACUCGGGUUUUCUCCAAAACCAAUGCCCCAGAUGUCUCUGCUCUUAAUGUGAUGUAUACAAGCUUAAACUCUCCUUCACAACUAAGUGGAUGGAAAUCAAGUGGAGGUGAUCCAUGUGGUGAUUCUUGGGAUGGAAUCAAAUGCUCAGGCGAUUCCGUGACUGAAAUAAGCCUAUCCAACCUAGGACUUUCAGGAUCAAUGGGUUAUCAGCUUUCAAGCUUGACAUCUGUCACUUACUUCGAUUUGAGCAAGAACAACAUCAAUGGUGAUAUACCUUAUCAACUUCCCCCCAAUGCUCAGUACAUAGAUCUUUCCGAGAAUAGCUUCACAAAUAAUGUUCCAUAUUCAUUUUCUCAGAUGACUGACCUUCAAUACCUGAAUCUUGCCAAUAACAAGCUGAAUGGACAAUUGACUGACAUGUUUGGGAAACUGCCUAAACUCAAAGACAUGGAUCUUUCUUUCAAUGCAUUGACAGGAAAUUUGCCUCAGAGUUUUGAAAAAUUGUCAGGCCUCAACAAUUUGUAUUUGCAGAAUAAUAAAUUUACCGGUCCAAUAAAUGUCCUUGCCAAUCUUCCCCUUGAUGAUCUGAAUGUUGAGAACAACCACUUCUCCGGCUGGAUUCCUAAUGAGUUGAAGGGCAUACAAAAUUUAAAGACGGGAGGAAAUUCUUGGUCAUCCGGGAAAGCUCCACCUCCUCCUCCUGGAGUACACUCUUCUGGUAAAAGAACAGAAAAAGGUGACAGUACCAAUUCUAUUGCUCGUGGAUUAACCAUAGCUGGGAUAGCUUUGGGAGUACUAGUGCUGCUUAUAGUUAUAAUUUCACUCUUUUCGAGAAAAUCAUCUAGACAUUCUUCACAUUUUUAUGAUGAGGAGAGGUUUAGCCAGAGAAAAUCUUUCUCACUUGCAUCUCAGGAAUUAUCAAAAGACUUGCGUUCUGAUAUAUGCAAAGAUUAUAAAGAUCUUAGGUCAUCAUCUACUUCAAUUGAGAUUGCCUCCUUUCAAAAGUCUCCUUCAAACGGCGGUAGAACUGCACAUACUUCAGGAAAGAAAUCAUUUAAUGAGGCUGAAUUUGUGAAUCGGUUGAAUGCUAGAAGAAGCAUUUCUCUCCGUGCUACAGCUCACCCACUAGGAGAUUUGCAGAAUGCUACUGCUAAUUUUGCAUCAGGUCGCCUUCUUGGGCAUGGAUCCAUUGGACGUGUCUAUAGAGCUAAAUAUGCUGAUGGCAAGGUUUUGGCGGUUAAAAAGAUUGAUUCCUCGCUUUUUAAAGGCGGAAAAUCAGACGAGUUUUCUGAAAUUGUUAGCAACAUCUCCAAGCUUCACCAUCCAAACAUUGCUGAACUUGUUGGUUAUUGUUCAGAGCAAGGGCAUAAUAUGUUGAUUUACGAGUAUUUCAGAAAUGACUCCCUUCAUGAAUUCUUGCAUAUGUCUGAUGAGUACAGCAAACCACUAACUUGGAAUACCAGAGUCAGAAUUGCCAUGGGAACGGCCCGAGCUGUUGAGUAUCUCCACGAGGUUUGUUCUCCACCAGUAAUACACAAAAAUAUCAAGUCAUCUAACAUUUUGCUUGACGCUGAACUCAACCCUCAUCUCUCUGACUGUGGCUUGGGGAUGUUUCAUCAGCGGACAAGCCAAAAUCUUGGUGUAGGAUACAAUGCCCCAGAGUGCAAAAGAUCAGCCUAUACACUGAAGAGUGACGUAUAUAGUUUUGGAGUGGUCAUGCUUGAGUUAUUGACAGGUCGUAGGCCUUUCGACAGUUCUAGACCAAGAGCAGAACAAUGUCUAGUUGUAUGGGCUACACCGCGGCUCCAUGAUUCUGAUUCCCUGACAAACAUGGUGGACCCUGCUUUGCGUGGACUCUACCCACCAAAAUCAGUUUCACGCUUUGCAGAUAUUAUUUCCCAAUGCGUUCAGACGGAGUUUGAAUUUCGGCCGCCUAUAUCGGAGGUGGUGCAAUCAUUAAUGCGGUUGGUGCAGCAUUCAAGUGUGAAUAUGAGAGAAGAUUUUCGUAUGGAUGACUACGACCAUUGAUUUAAGUAGUGGAAAAGUGGUGUAUACAUUGACAUUGUUAAUUGGGAAGAAUUAAUUAAAAGGAAAGCUAAUAUUUAUCUUCACCAGUUUUGAUUUGAGCCCUUCUUGGAUCGAGUUUUUAUCUCAUUAUUUUGCUGAAAAUUUGUACACAUCAUAUAGACACCGAUUGGAUGAAAAAAAAAAAGGAAAAGAGGACUGUUCAUAAUAUUCUUUAACCCCUUUUUCUUUGGUACAAUAUUUAGUCAAUAAAUUAUUAGGAUUUUUCAAAAAAAAAAAAAAAAAAAAAGAA